GCGUCAGUCGUAUCCGGGAAGAUGAAAGUUUUCAUAGUCGUACUUGCUUUGACUGUACUCGCAUCAGCAUUGGUAACCGGAGAGGAAUUGAGAAGAAGACGAUCUGAUUCCUCCCGUAUGAAUGAAGUUAGGAGGCGCUCCAGUGAAGUUCGGCGUCGUUCCACAGAUUCUAUUCCAAAGAAUGAUAGAGUCCGUGUUGAAACUAUCAGAAGGAGGUCCACAUCUGAGGGAGAGACGAGAAGAUCGGUUACCGUAGGGGACAGAAGAGCAACAAGGAGGGUCGAAGAUCGAAGAAGGGAGACUGAUCUGACUAGACGAGGUAGAACGGAAAGGGUCGAAAGGAGACGAACGGAUGGAGAUCGGGUCAGAAGGGUGGAUAAUUUGGCACGCAAGCAGAGAUUACCGAGUAUCGUUCCCGUCAAACCCUACUGGGACGCGUUUUCUGCUUGGAAGACCGCCGGAAUGGAAUCAAUGUAGGCCUAUAUACUUUUUCUUUUAUUAAAUUAUUUAUAAAAUUCCCCUAUGAAAAAUACCCUGUGAACCGAAUCAGUUCUCCAAUAUAUUUAUUUUACCGGUAGAUAGUUGAUAUAGGCGUAUAUGUAAAGUUUUCUUUUUACCGCUUAAUUAGCAAAUAUUUUUCUUCUUAAACAGAUCGCUGGAAAAUGUUGUAAAGGCGGCCAAAGUCGCAGCUUUAGGAAUGAGUACUCUGAUGAUUAGCAGAUCGGCGUUCUCUGUAAAGAACGUUUAAUUAGAGGAAAAUCGAAAGUUUUCCGGCUGCACUAAAUUAGUUUCUAGAAAUGCUUCUUACCUUUUCCUCUCUGCGUUGUUCUUGUCUUUUUCUUCCUUUUUCUCUUUAUCUCUUUCUAAAUAUAACAAGCAUAUUAGUCGU